UCGUCACACUGAGCCGCAGCCCAGCAGAAUCUGGAGCCAAAUAUUAACCGUGCUGCUGUCUUUCCCCGAUGCGCCGCGUCUCACAUUCACCCAUGGGCGUGUGGUUUUGGUUUUAGCUGUGACGAAGGGGGGGGGGGGGCAAGUUGGUUACGCCGUGGAUCGUCUCUGGUGUUGGAGUUGGCUGGAAGAGGACGCGAGCAGACGGACAAGUUGUCUAGCUACUUUCACAAACGACUUUACAUACAAGCACAAAAGACACGAUGGAGGCACUGUCUGGAGUAUCGAUACCGAACACCAAGUUUUAUUUCUUAAAAUCCUCGUGCCGGCUAUAGGAAUUAAGCUCGGGAGCCUUUCUAUGUGAGAUAAGAAAGACGCUACCAUGUCGGAUCCAAGUCACUGGGCUCCACGGCCAAAACAGAACAAGUCCAAAUUUAUGACGGGAGCCUUGCUGAAACGCUCAAAAAGCUGUCGCAGCAGUAACCGGAAGAACCUGGGUGUCGGCACACCAUCACCUACUCUGUCCAGGCCACUCUCCCCACUCUCUGGCCACACUGCCGCCAGCAGUCCUCUCGACAGCCCAAGAAAUGUAUCCACCAGCUCAUCCAUCAACUUCCCUUUUGCAAGAAGGGCUGAAGGGCGGAGAUGGUCCCUCGCCUCGCUCCCGUCGUCCGGCUACGGCACCAAUCCUCCCAGCUCCACCGUGUCUUCAUCGUCUUCGUCCCAGGAACGGCUCCACCAGCUGCCCUACCAGCCCACGCAGGACGAGCUCCACUUCCUGUUCAAGCACUUCCGCAGCUCUGAGAGCGUAAACGAUGACGACGGGCGGCCCUCCCCCUUCAUGCGGCCGCGGUCCCGCAGCCUCAGCCCUGGGCGAGCGAGCAGCUCCUUCGACAACGAGACGGUGAUGAUGAACCAUGUUUACAGAGAGCGCUUUCCCAAGGCCACCGCCCAGAUGGAGGAGCAGCUGCUAGAGGUGAUCAGCCACUGUUGCACGGACAGCUGCCUGCCCCUGGCUGACGGGGUGCUGGGCUUCAUCCAGCACCAGCUGGCCGAGCUGGGCCGCGACUGCCUGGACAAGUCCCAGAAGGGCCUGGUCACCUCCCGGUACUUCGCUGAGCUCCAGGAGAAGCUUGAGAAGCUGAUCCACGAGGCGUACGAGCGCUCUGAGAGUGAUGAGGUGACAGUGAUCAUCCAGCUGGUGAAGAAGAUCCUAAUCAUCAUUUCCCGACCAGCGCGCCUCCUCGAGUGCCUGGAAUUUGACCCGGAAGAGUUCUACCACCUGCUGGAGGCCGCAGAAGGUCACGCCAAGGUCGGUCAAGGCAUCAAAACGGACAUCCCCCGGUACAUCAUCAACCAGCUGGGUCUGAGCAGAGACCCGGUACAAGACAUGGUGCAGCUUGAGCAGUAUGAAUUCACGCCCUCCAUGUCUCUGGAUCUGGAUGCUAGUAUGGAGAACAAGUUUCCUCAGACUCUCACUCCAACACGACGGAAACCUCUGGAAAGUGACUUUGAAACCAUCAAGUUGAUAAGCAACGGGGCUUAUGGGGCCGUGUACCUGGUCCGGCACAAGGAGACCAGGCAGCGCUUUGCAAUGAAGAAGAUCAACCGGCAGAACCUGGUGCUGAGGAACCAGAUCCAGCAGGCCUUUGUGGAGCGAGACAUCCUGACCUUUGCCGAGAACCCCUUUGUGGUGUCCAUGUUCUGCUCCUUUGAGACCAGGAGACACCUCUGUAUGGUCAUGGAGUAUGUGGAAGGUGGGGACUGUGCUAACCUUCUGAAGAACAUGGGUCCUCUACCCGUGGAAAUGACCCGCAUGUACUUUGCCGAGACGGUGUUGGCCUUGGAGUACCUCCACAACUAUGGCAUCGUACACCGGGACCUCAAACCCGACAAUCUGUUAAUCACGUCCAUGGGCCACAUCAAGCUGACAGACUUUGGCCUGUCUAAGAUCGGCCUGAUGAACCUGACCACCAACCUGUAUGAGGGACACAUGGAGAAGGACACCAGGGAGUUCAUAGACAAACAGGUGUGCGGUACGCCGGAGUACAUCGCCCCAGAGGUGAUACUGCGGCAAGGCUACGGGAAGCCGGUAGACUGGUGGUCCAUGGGGGUCAUCCUCUACGAGUUCCUCGUUGGGUGCGUUCCUUUCUUCGGCGACACCCCUGAAGAGCUCUUUGGACAAGUGGUCAGCGAUGACAUCAUCUGGCCGGGAGAGGAGGAUGCCCUGCCUCCCGAGGCCCAGGACAUGAUCACCCGCCUCCUGAAGCAGAGUCCUCUGGAGCGAUUGGGCACAGGUGGUGCCCUGGAGGUGAAGCAGCACCCAUUCUUCAAGGACCUGGACUGGAAUGGCCUGCUGAGGCAGAAAGCAGAGUUUGUUCCCCAGCUGGAGGCUGAGGAUGACACCAGCUACUUCGACACCCGCUCAGAGCGAUACCACCACCUGGAUUCUGACGAGGAUGAGGAAACCAAUGAUGAAGAGUCUUCCCUGGAGAUCCGCCAGUUCUCCUCCUGGUCCCAUCGCUUCAGCAAGGUGUACAGCAGCACAGAGCACCUGUCCACACCCUCCAACCUGAGCUUCUCUUCGGACCGCAGCCACAGCGAGGACAAGGAGGACCGCUGGGACUGCGGCCGCCUCACCCCAUCCCCUGGCCUCGGGGACCAAUACAGGCAGAGUAGUGUGGAGCUCAGACACCCAGGACACACCACAUGCCUGAGAGCGAGAGCUUCCUCCAGCUCUUCCCAGUCGGAGCAUAGCGCCAGCCCCCUGGUGAUGAGCAGCACCCACAGCCUGGAGACCAUGCCUCGCUUCGCCUUCUCCACCGAUGAUGAAGCCGAGGUGGUGGUGUCGAACCUGCGGAGAAUCCGUAUCCGCAGCAACAGCACCGGGGCAAAACACUCAUCUCCCAAGGAGCCCGCGGGGCCCCGGCACUUCGGGAACCAGCUGGAGACUCCGGACCGCCAGCGGCUGCCCUGCGGGGGCAAGGUCCCGAAGUCAGCCUCUGUGUCCGCCCUUUCCCUCAUCCUUACCUCGGGUGAUUCCCUGGGCGGCCUGCAGGCCAGUCCCAUCUCCUCCCGCUCGCUGUCCUCAAACCCCUCAUCCAGAGAGACCUCCCCCAGCAGGGACCUCUCCCUGGGACUGAGCAGCCUGCGGCCCCCCAUCGUCAUCCACACCUCCGGGAAGAAGUACGGCUUCACCCUGCAGGCCAUCCGCGUCUACAUGGGGGACAGCGACGUCUACACCGUGCACCACAUGGUCUCGAGCGUGGAGGAGGGAAGCCCCGCUCAUGAGGCAGGCCUCCGGGCUGGUGACCUCAUCACCCACGUGAACGGAGAGUCAGUCCAGGGCCUGGUCCACACUGAGAUGAUGGAGCUGCUGCUGAAGAGUGGCAACAAGAUGGCGUUGCAGACCACAGCGCUUGAGAACACGUCCAUCAAGGUGGGCCCGGCACGAAAGACCAAGCACAGGGGCAAGAUGGCCCGGCGCAGCAAGCGCAGCAAGAGGAGGGACAACCACGACAAGCGUCGCACCAUCCUGAGGAAGCUCUCCAAGCAGAGCACCGUGAUGCACAGCAGCCGCAGCUUCUCCUCCGGCCUACACCACUCCGUGUCCUCCAGCGAGAGUCUGCCUGGCUCUCCCACCCACAGCCUCUCCCCCGGCCCGGCCACACCCUGCCGAAGCCCCGCCUCUCCCUGCCGGAGCCCCGCCCCUGACCACCAGGUCACAGACUCCAACCCCCCACAGAGCAUGUCUCCCUGCCCCAACUCCCCCAGCUCCUCCUCCACCCACAUCCGGCCCAGCUCCUUGCACGGCCUGGGCUCCAAGCUAAGCACCCAGCGCUACACCAAGGUGGGCCGCCGCAAGUCCACCAGCAGCAUCCCACCUUCACCACUCGCGUGCACCUCCUCCUCCUGCUGCCCCCAGCCCCUCUCCCCUCAGCGCUCACCCUCCCCACUUCCGGGCCUGGCAAAGACCCUGCAAGCAUACCACGGCACAAACCUUUCGCCGCCCACCAUCGUGCGGCACAUGGUGCGCCCACGCUGCACCGAUCACCCCCGCUCGCCGCUCCUCAAGAGGGUGCAGUCGGCCGAGAAGCUGUCGGGUGGCUACCACUGUGACAAGAAGCAGUUUGCGCCGCGGCGGCACACGCUUGAGGUGCCGCUCUACGGCGAGGUGGACCUGCUGGGCGACGCGGAGGCCGACGGGGGGUUAAGUGGCGGCCUCCACUCCCUGGGUGACCACGGGCGCCUUGGUGGAGGGUACCUGGGCGGCGUGCAACGCUCGGAGAGGCUGGUGGUGAUGAGGAAGCUCAACCUGUCGGAGCGUCGCGACUCCUUCAAGAAGCAGGAGGCAGUGCAGGAGGUGAGCUUUGACGAGCCCGACGAGAAGAGCAGCCCCCGGGUCAUGGUGACCGGCCCCUCUUCCUCCUCCACUCCCCUACUCCUCAAACCAUCCUCAGACCCCCAUACCCAGCCGAGGCCUGCCCGGGGCACCUACCAGCUUCAAUCCAGCGAAGAGGUGGAGCAGGUGGCGCCUCCACUUUUGAGGCGGUUCACCCUGGUUCCCCAGAUCGCUGUGCAGGGUUCAACAGAGAGCGAGGACCAGGAAGAGUGGGAGCCCUGCUCCGACGGAGAGGAGGGGGAACAGCAGCAGCAGGUAGUGGUGGCUAAUUCCCUCUUAUUACCACAGCGACCGGAAGCGACUCCCAGUCCGGGUAUUACCACUCACUUUCGAAUGGAAACCUCCACCCUCCUGCUGAAAGACCAGAAGACCCCCAGCCCAUUGCUGAGGGACCUCGGGACCCCAAGCCCACUACUGAGCGACCAGGUGACCCCCAACCCCCUGCUGAGAGACCAGGUGACCCCCAGCCCCCUGCUGAGAGACAAGCCGACCCCCAGUUCCCUGUGGAGAGACCAGCUGACCCCCAGUUCCCUGCUGACAGACCAGGCGACCCCCAGUUCCCUGCUGAGAGACCACGAGACUCCCAGUUCCCUGCCGAGAGACCAGCCAACCCCAAGCCCCCUGCUAAAUGACCUUUGGAUCCCCAGUUCCCAACUGAGGCCCGCUGACUCCGACAGACUUGCUGAGAUACGAGCAGAUCCAAAGCCCUCUGCUGAGAGGUCAGCCGACCCCCACCGCCCUACUGAGAGGCCAGCCGACCCCCACCGUCCUGCUAAGAGACCAGGCGACCCCCGGCCCCAAGCUGAGAGACCAGGAGACCCCCAGUCCCCUGCUGAGAGACCUGGGGACCCCCAGACCUUAGAGGCUGAACACCCAGCCUGGGAAGGCCCCCAGGACGAGCCGCUAGCAGCGCAAUGCUGUUUACAUUCAGAUCUUCCUUAGGAGAGGUGGAGUCCCAGCUGUUGUUCACUUCCAGAAUUGUUAUUUUUUCGUUGUUGGGGAAAUUUGAAGUUUUAUUUGAAACUGUUUGUUUUUUUUAACUGUCAAAAUUUUCCUGCAGACGUUGCAGGCUUGUCCGGGUCUUAUUUAUUAAAUUUAGAAGCUAUGUUGAAUAAUUAACGGAACGAAGUGGGUCAUGGUCGCUGCAAUGAUUAAGCCAAGCCUAAAUCAUGUUCAGUCUUCAUAAUUCUUUAGUUUUUGUGUCCCUUGACUGGAUUUUUAUAUAAAUGUCUAUAUUUUUAACUGUCACAGAACAAAUUUGUUUCAUAUGUCAUGGUUGUCUCGGGACCAAAAGGCACAGGAGUAAUAGUUUGCUUAAGCUCUUCAGAGAAUAUUUUGCUAAGGAUAUUUUCUUCCCCUUACUGAAAGAUUUCUAGGCUUCCAGGCAGUUAUUAAACAAGCUUUACCAGGAAGAGAUGCUAUGAAUUAUGGCCUUAAAUUAAAAAUAAAUUACCAUGAGGUAGGAUGGGGUGUGCACCUUGGCUACGACGUGUCCCAUCAAAAACUGUGUUAACGUGCCAGCAUGCAGGAGAGCCCAACAGUGGUCUCGCUAUUUAAGCCAUAUCUUCUCUGGGGCAUUAGAGGUGUUCUGUAGAGGCCUUGUAUCUCAACUAUUGUUUACAAAAGGCAUGUCCCAUGCUCAUCUCAGAUAACCAUUCAAAAUUAGACUAGCUGUUAGCAUCCACACUACACUCGCUGCCAGGUAGCCUGCAGGGUGUUGUAGGUCAUCGCUAACAUAACCGCUCCUUCUACAGACUGCUGCAACGAUAGCAUGAGCAAACACCUCAAAUGUCUGAGGGUAGCCUGGAUGAUUAUUUUUGGAUGAUAGCGAGAGCAGCUGAAUUCACAGCUGUGCUCAUGCUGUGAAACAUAAGCAGGGGAAGAAGGGUAAUAUGGAAACGUGGUGGGUUCUUGGCUCUUUCUUAAUGCAAAAGAGACUCAUUCUAGUUCCUCUUGCUGUGACAUGCCUAUUCCUCGUAUUUGCCGUGUAGUGAUGUUUACAUGUUGGGAUGAAUUUGGACUAAUUGGUUCCAUCAGGAAAUGGAACUAUGUGUGUGUGUGUGUGUGUGUGUGUGUGUGUGUGUGUGUGUGUGUGUGUGUGUGUGUGUGUGUGUGUGUGUGUGUGUGUGUGUGUUUGUGGUGACUAACUAUCGUCCAGCCGGGGACUUCAAUAUGCGCUACAACACCGAACGAUAGAAGCAUGUUAUAACUUGGUUUAGGGUGGCAAACGGCGUGCCAUUCUACUAGCUGUCAAGCCGGAUCUUAUGACCCCCUGUUCCUUUCCUUUUGUGAUGUCAUGAUUUUGUCACAAUGUCAUGAUUUGCGUGUAUUCAUCGUCCGUGCCGGCGCAAAGUGCGUUGACAUGCAGACUGGCAGGAACACAUCCACACUACUCGUCCACAGCAGCAUGAGGAGGGGAUAUGUAACUAUGUUGCUAGCUGUUUACUCUUUACACACUGAAUUGUUUACAAUGUCAACAAUGGGAUAUACAACCCUCCCCCCUCUCCCCCUUUUUAUACUCUUGUCGCUCUCUACGAUGACAUCCCUCUUCAAAUAAACGGAAGAAAACUAGAAUUAUUAACUGUCUUCAAAGAGUGAGCCAUUGAGGGUCUAGAGGUGGACCGGGUCUCCCCGGUGGUUCUGUUCUGUUCAGUGCAUGCUGCAUGAGAUGAGCACAAUGCUGUAAUACUUGACUGCAUGGUGGCCCAGUCGCCCCGUACUGUGGUACUUAUUAUAUGGUGAAUCAAUUAAACAUCUGUACUGUUCCA